GCUUGUUCUUUUGCCACCAAUAUACCGAAAGCCUGCCGAGGAGAUGGGGGACAAGGCGGGCACCAGAGUCUUCAAGAAAUCAAGCCCCAACUGCAAGGUCACAGUAUACCUGGGAAAGAGAGACUUUGUGGAUCACCUUGACCAGGUGGACCCAGUCGAUGGUGUGAUUCUAGUGGACCCCGACUAUCUGAAAGAAAGGAAAGUGUUUGUGACUCUGACGUGUGCAUUCCGCUAUGGCCGUGAGGACCUGGACGUGCUGGGCCUGUCAUUCCGGAAGGAUCUGUACAUCUCCACCUUCCAGGCCUUUCCUCCAAUCGCAGAGGAACGCAAAGCCAACAGUCGCUUGCAGGAAAGACUACUGAAGAAACUGGGCCAGCAGGCACACCCCUUCUACUUCACAAUUCCCCAGAACCUGCCGUGCUCAGUCACCUUACAGCCAGGACCAGAAGACACUGGAAAGGCAUGUGGGGUAGACUUUGAGAUCCGAGCGUUCUGUGCCAAAUCGAUAGAGGAGAAGAUUCACAAACGGAACUCUGUGCGGCUAGUGAUCCGUAAGGUGCAGUAUGCCCCAGAGAAGCCUGGGCCUCAGCCCAUGGUGGAGACCACACGGAGCUUCCUCAUGUCGGACCGCUCACUACACCUGGAGGCCUCUCUGGAUAAAGAGCUCUACUACCAUGGAGAACCCAUCAGCGUGAAUGUUCACGUCACCAACAACUCCACCAAGACUGUCAAAAGAGUCAAAAUCUCAGUGCGACAGUAUGCUGAUAUCUGUCUGUUCAGUACGGCUCAGUACAAGUGUCCAGUGGCUCAGGUGGAGGCAGAUGACCAGGUGUCGUCUAGCUCUACGUUCUGUAAGGUGUACACCCUCACACCCACGCUAGACAAGAACCGUGAGAAGAGGGGCCUGGCCCUGGACGGAAAGCUCAAACAUGAGGACACCAACCUGGCCUCCAGCACCAUUGUUAAGGAUGUAACUAACAAGGAGGUCCUUGGAAUCCUGGUCUCCUACAGGGUCAAAGUAAAACUGGUCAUCUCUCGUGGAGGAGAUGUGUCGGUGGAGCUGCCCUUUGUCUUAAUGCACCCCAAACCCACAGAACUGCCCAUAUCCCGCCCACAUUCAGCUGUGCCGGAGUCGGACCCUCCCAUCGACACCAACCUGAUAGAAUUUGAAUCAAAUAGUUUCUCCCAAGAUGACGACUUUGUGUUCGAGGACUUUGCCCGCCUGCGGCUCAAAGGAAUGGCAGACGACGAGGACUGUUAGAGCUCAAGCACACGGUGGGAUGAAGGCAUGUGGAUGGAGAGGUGUGGUGGCCUCGUGGUCUUCCCUAUGUU